AUGGUCCGAAAAUACCAGAGAACUUUGGGUGUCAGAAAAUAUAAAGACUAUAAAGAGCAAGUUGUCGAAGAAGCUUUAGGAAAAGUUACAGAAGAUAAUUUUAGUAUACGGAAAGCGUCAGUACAAUAUGGGAUUCCAUUUGGGACUUUGUACAACAGGUACAAAGGGCUCCACAUUCGUUCAGUAGGACGUCCCACAUUAUUCACUCCACAAGAAGAACUUCAACUCGUCAAAAGCGCCGCUACCUGUGGCGACUGGGGAUAUCCCUUGUCCAAAGAAGACAUGCAGUUCUUAGCCAAAAACUAUCUUGACAAGCAGGGCAAGAUAAUACCUUAUCUAACGGAAAAUAAGCCUGGUAUAGAUUGGGUGGAUGGCCUCUUAAUUAGAAACAAAUCUGACAUUUGUAAAAGGGUCGCUGCAAACAUUAAAAGAGCUAGAGCUACAGUGGGUGAAGGCCAUGCAAUAAAAAGAAUCCUAAUUAGUGGAUUUGCCGCGACUGGAGUUUUCCCGUAUGAUCCUCUUCAGAGGGUCUUAUCAAAAAUUCCGGGAUAUGUUCAAGAAAAUGAAGGUGACAUAGGCAAUACACUAAUUGAUUUCUUGAAAGAGCAGAGGUUUGGUGGGGGUCCAAGUACCCCAACAAGGCAAAAAAAGAAAAUGGUAAAAGUCGUUCCUGGCAAAAGCGUAACGCACGUUACAGCAGACUCAGAAAUGUUCGAAGAAGGAACCAUGCAAAAUGAAACAGAGGAUGAAGCUAUUCACGAUGAAGAUGACGAACAAGGAAGAGAACAAUUCAACGAAGAAGAAAAGGAAAACGAAAACUGUAACACUAAAUCGACCGAAAAUUUGGAAAGUACAGAAUUGAAAAUUGGAUCGUUUGUCUUAGUUAAAAUGAGAACUGUCAAUACAAAUGUCGAUAAAUACUUUGUAGGCAAAAUAACAGAAAUAAUAUUAGGUGACGAUAUUUUUAAUGUCAGUUUUCUGAGAUUUAAAAAAGGUAAAAAGAACAAUUUUUUUGUUUUUCCUGACAUUUUGGAUGAAAGUUUCGUUCAGAGAUCUGAAAUUAUAGGAUCCCGAGAACCCUCAGAACAUCAUAGGGAGCAAUAUGUUUUCAAGGCGUCUGAAAGUUUUGUAGAGGUCUAA